CGUGUUUUCAUAGGACAAUUAACUUGUCACUGCGAUGGUGGGGGAACAAUCUAUUGCUGAUAUUUGGAGUGUAUUUGUUGUGCAUAAAGAAAACUAUUAUUCUAAUAAUUAAGGGAAAAGUAACGACAGUUAGCACUAUAUGACAUUUUCAAUCAAUGCGUCAGUAAAAAUAGUUCGAAGUAGAAACACGUGUACCGUUGCCGUCUAGGGGAAGUCGACAGAUGACAAUUGUGGGUAUUUAUGUUCGUGGAUUAUCCCAGGUUGUGUUUGAUGACAAAUUCUGUCGGGUGCUCGUGAGAUCGCUUGUAACCAAUAUAAGAAAUAUAAGACGUGGCAUACAAGAGCAGGCGAUAAAACAAUACUUGGAGAAAGGUAUAUGAAGUCGGAAGUAUGUUUAUGGGAACGUGAUACAGGAGGCUGGGUAAAUGCUAUGGAUAUGGAUAUUGCGGUCGUAAUUCUGUUCUCCGUUCUUAUGGUGACGAAUUUGUGUGCUGGAGUUACUGAAGAAGAUGAAGGCGUGAAGUAUGCAAACAAAUGUGAAGUAUGCAAAGUUCUUGCAGUAGAACUAGAAUCUCGACUUGAAGAAACGGGAAAAAAGCGUGAUGUCCUGGAGAUAGGAUAUUCUCUAGAUGAUGUGAAACCAAAGAAGAAGUACAAGUAUGAAAAAUCGGAACUUCGCCUGAUAGAGUCUCUGGAAGGCAUAUGUGACAAAAUUCUUGAAUAUAACAUCCACAAGGAGAGGAGUGACAGUACAAGAUUUGCAAAAGGAAUGAGCCAGACAUUUCAGACACUUCAUGGUCUGGUAAACAAAGGAGUGAAAGUGGAAUUAGGUAUACCAUAUGAGUUGUGGGAUAAGCCUUCUGUUGAAAUUACGAACUUGAAAAUUCAGUGUGAGACAUUAUUGGAAGAUUAUGAGUCCGAUAUUGAAGAUUGGUACUGGCGGCGUCAGGGAGAUAUCUCUCUAAAAACAUUUCUGUGUUCACAACGUGCUUUGAAAGGCAAUGAUGAUUCAUGCCUAAAUGAAACACUGAAACCACGAAAGAAAGAAGAAAAUAAUGAAUUAGAUGAGACUGAGAAAUCAGAAAAAGAUGAACUUUAGUUAGUUUGAAUGCUUAGUAAACAUAGGCAUCACAUGAAAGGGGUCACAUUGACCGUUAGGAAUUAAUGUGCAGGUAAACUGUCACAGGCUGUAUGCUACUUUUGCUUUAUUAUUACAUUUCCUCAUCGGGAGAGAGCAUCUUCAGAUAUUCAUUUCUCCGAUAGCUUUAAAUUUUUAACAUGUUGCCACCAGGGCAAUGAAUAUUGUAGUACACUCAUAUCUCAUUAUUAAAACUAGAAAUAGAGCAAAUAAUAUGAGGCCUGCGACAGUUCACCUCUAUAUUAAUCUGCAUUUGUUGCAACUUCUUUAUACCAAACAUCUUUGUAUUAGCUUAGUCAUAUGAAGUCUGAUUAUACCAUUUAGAGUUCAUUAAAGCUUUUAUUUUUUGUA